AAGCGUCGCCACGUACGAAUUUUGUGGGGCCCACCACCGCAGCCAACGUAGAAGUCCCCCAACUUGUGUGACCCAAGAGAGACCAGAGGGUUCUUUUUCUCUUCUUCUUUGAGAUCUUACAUUCACGGACAUCGGAAAUAGAGGAAACCUGCCGGAGUGACUCGCCGAUGUCAUCGGACAGUUGCAUCGCUGUGUUGAGUCGAUCGGAAUCUGGCGCUGGCGAGUCUUCUUCUCUGAUAAUUGAGAAUUUCAAACAUGAUUUUGUUCAGACUGGAAAUGAUGAGUGCAUGGGAUGGACAAAUGAGAAGCACAAUGCGUUUCUUGAUUGUCUUGAAACAUCAUUUGUUAAGCAGUUGCACAGAUCAAUGAUCUUGCGUGCUGGCUGUGGGGAACUGAACAGGAGUUCCAGAAAUUUGUCUAAAAAGCUGUUCAACAAUGAUAUAGCUAAUAAGCAGUUCACUGCUUGGCGAGAUACAAGUUGGAAGAUCAAUAUUGAGAGCGACAAACCUGAGCUAUUGGUCGGGCAGGGUGAUGAGUACCAUCACUUUGCGGAUCUCCAAUUAUGUUCUAGACUCUUUACCGAGGAAAAUCAAAGAAGAGAUAAGAGGACUUCAUCUCAUGGACUCAAAGAGAGAUCGAAUCUGCCCCUUCCCAUCCCUGCAGAACUUCUUAAAACAGUUAGCAGAAUUGCUGAAGGUUCAGGUCAGAAUUUUGUGGAUGAAGAUUUCGAAGAAAACUCGAGGAGCAAAAAGCUGAAGACAGCCAUGACAGAUACUGCAGACAAUAAGCAACCUAUGUUCGUGGAGGGGAGGGUUGAGAACCCCGUGUUCAUAGAGGUCAAUUCGUUGACCUCCGAGCUCGUGGAAGACCUGCUGCAUUCGCGGAGGUCUAGCUUAUUAAAAUGCGCAUUGGCGGGCAGGGAGCGUUCGCGAAGGAUCCGUGGCAAUGUUUAAACCCAGUUUCGUGGUUUCAUCCCCAUUUUCAUUUUUGGAGCUUGGAGAACUCGGUAGAGGAGAUUUCGACUGGGUUUUUCAAGAUAAAUUGUGGAUAAUGUUUCUUAACUUUAAAUCUUUGAUAACUCAUUAUUAUUAUUGAAUUUAUGAGUUUAAAUCAAAAUUUUAGGUUGAUAAGUUGGGGGUUCUUCAUGAACUUGAGUUUGAAGUAAUAAUGAGUUUAUGAACUAAUUUUAAGCCUUUUUUCAAAA